UUUAAAGGUAAAGGUUUCAUUGUAGUCAAUGAUAAUUAUGUCACUGAUGAUAGUGGAACGGGAAUAGUACAUCAAGCUCCGGCAUUUGGUGAAGACGAUUACCGUAUAUGCCUUGAAAAUAGGAUUAUUAGCGAAGAUGGUUCACUUCCAUGUCCAGUUGAUGAACAAGGUCGUUUCACUCAAGAAGUGACCGAUUUUGCGGAAGUCUAUGUCAAGGAUGCCGAUAAAGAUAUUCAAAAGGCUUUGAAACAUAAAGGCCGACUAAUUAUUCAGUCCCAAUUAACGCAUAGUUAUCCUUUCUGUUGGCG